AUGACGCACGACGGCAGGUACGAGGAAAACGUGGAUGUCUAUACGAGUGCGCGGAAUGACAUGGCCACAGCGACGGCUCUAGCUGCGCAGGCUGGCAGUACGCUUCCGACGAUCGGCAUGAAAAACAUGUCGUUGUCAGACGAUGCGCAGGCUCAGCCGCUCAUGUCGCUGGCGCCGCACAUGCCGCCUGAGUGUGAGCCGCUGUUUUCGAGUUUGCAGACGUGUCUGCGUAUGCGUGACAAGUACAUGAACGAGAGCUUGCAGGGCCACUUGCACGACAAUCCCAAGAACUGGGAUGCCGAAUACUGUGCGGACUGGGCCGCCGAGCAUCGUGUGCCGUGGACGCCGCCGUCGCCGAACGUAGCGCCUGGCUCGGUGCGGAUUGAUGGGUGUGCGAUGGAUGCGGAGCGUGAGCGGCCGAAGCCGUGGCGCAUAUAUCCGCCGCCGCCUCGGCCGCAUUGGGAGCAGUUUGUGCCGGCGCCCGCCUCGACGUUCGUGCGCGAAGCCGAGACGGGUGUGCCGCUGCAUACGCCGCUGGAGCCUGCGUCGCAGGCGAAUGUGCUAGCGGCGCAGGAGCUACUUGAGAGCUGUGGUGGCGUGCCUGGUGAGUUUCGCAUGGAGCACAUUGACUUGCCGCCCAAGCACAGCAUCCAAGGCGCCGAUGUGCAGUUCGGCCUGGUCGACGGCGUGUUUCAGGUGUGGACGGACGAGUCGCGUUUGACGCAUGUGACGCCGAGCGACGAGUGGUUCCAUGACCUGGAUGUGCUGCGCAGCAUCACGUCGGAUGGCCCGGCCAAAUCGUUUGCAUGGCGCCGACUCAAGUACCUCGAAGGCAAGUGGAAUUUGUACAAGCUGCUGAACGAGUAUCGCGAGUCGGAUUUCCUCAAGCGCGUGUCGCACCGAGACUUUUACAAUGUGCGCAAGGUCGAUACACAUGUGCACCAUAGUGCGAGCAUGAACCAAAAGCACUUGCUCCGCUUCAUCAAGUCGAAGAUCAAGCGGCAUUCGGACGAUGUGGUGCUGCACCAGGGAGGUAAGCCGAUGACGCUGCGUGAUGUGUUCCAGCUGCUGGGACUGACGGCGUACGACUUGAGUAUCGAUACGUUAGAUAUGCACGCGCACCAGGACUCGUUCCACCGCUUUGAUCGAUUCAAUCUCAAGUACAACCCCAUUGGCGAGUCCAAGCUGCGCGAGAUUUUUCUCAAGACGGACAACUACAUCAAGGGCCGGUACCUGGCCGAGAUCACGCGCGAAGUGACGCACGAUCUCGAGCAGAGCAAGUACCAGAUGUGCGAGUACCGCAUCUCCAUCUACGGACGGCACCCACACGAAUGGGACAAGCUAGCAUGCUGGGUCGUGGACCACCACCUGUUCAGUCCGAAUGUGCGCUGGCUCAUUCAGGUGCCGCGUUUGUACGAAGUGUACAAAGCGAACGGCAACGUGACGCAUUUUGAGGAGCUGCUGGACAAUGUCUUCCGGCCGCUGUUUGAAGUGACGCGCGAUCCGUCAUCGCAUCCGAAGCUGCAUAUCAUGCUUCAGCGUGUCGUGGGCUUUGACGUGGUCGACGAUGAAAGCAAGCCGGAGCAUCGCUUCGUGCGCCACUUUCCGCCGCCGAGGCAGUGGAACGAUUCGACGAGUCCGCCAUACUCGUACUGGCUCUACUACUUGUACGCGAACCUCGCGACGCUCAAUCAGUGGCGCCGCAUCCGCUGCUUUAAUACCCUCGUGCUCCGUCCCCAUGCAGGGGAGGCGGGCGAUCCUGACCACCUUGCCGCCGCGUACCUGACGUCGCAGUCGAUUUCGCAUGGCAUUUUGCUGCGCAAAGUACCGGUGCUGCAGUAUUUGUACUAUCUCAAGCAGAUCCCCUUGGCCAUGUCGCCGCUGAGCAACAAUGCCCUCUUUCUGUCGUACGAGCGCAAUCCCUUUCCCGAAUACUUCCGCAAAGGACUCGUGGUGACGCUGUCGACCGAUGAUCCUCUGCAGUUCCAUCUCUCGAAGGAACCGCUGCUGGAAGAGUACAGUGUCGCGACGCAGAUCUACAAGUUGUCGUCGACUGAUAUGUGUGAGCUGGCGCGGAACAGCGUGCUGCAGUCUGGCUGGGAAAUGGAAAUCAAGCGCCACUGGCUCGGCAAGUACUUCUACCGCCCGGGCGCCACGGGCAACGACGUCUCCAAGACGAAUGUGCCUGAUCUUCGGCUGCAAUACCGCAGCGAGACACUACGACAAGAACUUGCCUUUAUAUGGCAGGAAAAAGCAUCUACUUCUGGCUGA